AUGCUAGGCGGGACGGGAGGUGCGGGGUCACCGGGCGAGGACCUGCUCACCGUCACCGUGGUCCGGGACGAGCACGGCUAUGGGAUGAAGGUGUCAGGUGACAACCCAGUAUACGUGCAGUCGGUCAAGGAGCAUGGAGCGGCAUGGCGAGCUGGUCUCCGUGCGGGAGACCGCAUCCUUAGGGUUGACUCCAUACCUGUUCAUCAUCACACACAUCAACAGGUCGUGCAUAUGAUACGAGCGAAUCCCUCCACAGUAUUGACAGUGCAACAGAACAGUUCGCGGCAUAAGACCCCCAUAACUGCACCGGUUCCUGUCAAUCCAGAAAAGCAGCGUCAGUUGGAAGUGUCGAAGGCGCAAACCGUGCGUCUGAUGCUGGAACAAGAACAGAAAUUCAUUAGGGAGCUCAAGAACGACAUGCUGAAGGUGCCGGACGUGCGCAAGCAGGCGCAGGUGGACGCGGCCGAGCAGCGCUGCGCCGUGCUGCAGCGACAGAUCGACGGCAUCGCGGCCGCGCAGCCGGAAGCCGCUCAUGCGCCGUCCACACCGAAGCUAGGACGCAAGGAAGCGGAGCGAGGCAAUUUCUUCCUGAGCGGAAUACCUCGCUCACUCAGCAACUUAACCGGACAAAGCUUGAGAAAUCUGCGACAGAAUCGGAACAAAGAGACGCCUCUAGUGCGACAACACUCGGACGAAGGGAAGCGAGCACACCAUACCGUCCCGCUCAUCCCCACCACAUGUCUAGACAACACGCCACCCCCCCUGCCCCCUCGCUCCGAAAGGCCCCAACGCCCCCGCCCUCGCCGCUCCCCAGUCAGUCCCCCCCCUAGUCCGGUGAAUCCCCUCGCGCGACCUAAGCCCGGCUCGUCCCGGUAUAUGAUGCCGUAUAGAGAGGAUCUGAGGUCGUCUCACUCUCUGGAGGAGUUGGAAGGGCCUCAGCCAAAUUCCAUCGCGUUGCAGAUGAGCUAUCCCUUGGUCAAUGCUCCGCCGCCUCCCUUGCAGACAGACAAUCGAGGCGGCGUGCCAGUCCUACACGUGAGGAGUCAGUCCUCUCCAGAACACCUAGACCACGAGUUACCUAGAACCCACGCGACCCACCCCGCCCCCGCCGAGAAGGAGAGGUGGUCUCGGGGAACGCCGCCGCCCGGCACGCCGCCCCCGCCCUACCCCCACCCGCAGCCGUGUGCAGACCCCCAACGAGCCAUAAUAUCAAUGGAGGAAGACGAUUCGCCUGCCUCGGACAAUUGUUCAUAUUCCGGACUUUUCUCAAAUCUUCAAUCAGUAAGGGAAUCCAAAGCGAGGACGGCAGUUCUAAUCAACUGGCUGUUAGGAGAAAGAAGGUGCGCAUGCGCAAGUUUGGUGUUGGUUCUGACGGAUGCGUUCCGAGGCGCGGCCGCAGUCACCACGCACACGCUGCGCCGCUGGGCCUACGAGAUACACUCCACCUUCCUCAUGCCGAACGCGGUGCUACAAUUGAACGGAGUUGAUGAGAACAUGGCGAAUGAAAUUGAACAUGUACUCGUGAAUGAGUUCGACAAAGAAGAGCUCCUGCGCAACGUGUUCCGCAAGGCGCGCCGCACGGCCAAGGACGAGCUGGGCCGGCAGCUCAGCGAGUUCCAGGUGAAGCGGCAGGUGGGGCUCGGCACGCUGUACGGGCCCGACGACGCCGUGCUCGAGCGCUGCGACGCGGACAAGGCGCAGGAACUGGUGGUGGUGGAGAAGCUGAUGUGCCAGCGCCUCAGCGUGGUGGCGGCGGCGCCCGUCGGCGGCUGCGGCGGGCCGCCCUCGCCGGACGCGCACGCCGCGCUGCUGGCCGCGCUGGUGGCCGCCGCGCUGUGCCUGCACUGCAGGCCAGCAUCAGUAGCGGCGGCGGUCGGUGGAUCCCGAGCAUCAUUCCUACAACGAGAUAAACUGUACAAGCAGAGAGUGAAACAAUUGACCAAACAACAUCCACAGCCAUUCGUAGUUCGAGGACACCACCUGCAACUGCAGGCGUUGACGUCAGUAGCGCACUGUCACCGCUGCGACCUGGUGAUCUGGGGACUCGCGCCGCAGGCCUACGUGUGCACUGACUGCAAGCUACGAGUGCAUCGCAGUUGCGCUCGGGGCGUGGAGGAGGGAUGUUGUCUGGACGGCGAGCACCACAACAACCGGAUCUCGCGCUUCAUGGAGCGCAUCCACGCGCAGCCCGCCGCAGGUCAAGACUCGAGCGAUAAGAAGUCGAGAAAAUCUUCAGGAACCGCGCACUUUCUCAACAUGGAACGCAGUUUUCGGAAAUACGAAGACGAGCCGUGGGACCAGACAUUAACGCCUGCCGCAGUUCAAGGUCAGUUGUAUGAACUCAUUAGUAACUUAGACUUAAGUUUUAACAGAAACUUAUUGAAAACAGAUUCGUUAUAUUUAAAAACGGUUCAUUUCUUUCAUGAACUGUUCAAUUUUGAACAUGACAUGGACAUAAAUAAGGAACCUUGUUUAAGAAAAACAUUUCGCAAUAACUUCGCGUUUUAG